AUGUCCAAUGUCAACCUCGCCGACCCCACCGAACCUCCGUUAGAGGAGCUAUACAUGAAUCUUCUGAACGCACCACCAGGGAUAUACUCGCCGGACGAAUGCCCUAUGCCGACCGGCAACUUGACUCGACAUCAUCCCUCCCAAGGGAGCACCACAACAUCCUCGACCCAUCUCCUGCAUCCACAAUCCCACCCACUACAGCGACAAUCGCCCACCUCCUCCCCGUCCCUGCACCCACAGCAGAAUCCCAGCGAUCUCUCGUCGCUGUGCUGUCCCGCUCACGAACGCAUCGUCCAUCUUCUGCUUCAACGCGGCGCCAAUGUCGAUAUGCAGAAUUCCCGCGGGCAGACCCCGCUGCAUCUGGCUGCGCAGCGGGGACAUCUGGGGAUCGUCCGGUUGCUCCUGAUGGCGCCGCAGCCGGUCGAUGUCAAUGCGCGGGAUCGCUUCGGGUCGACACCGCUGCAUUUGGCGAGUGAGAAUGGGCAUGUUGAGGUCGUGAGGUUGUUGGUCGCGCAUCAUGCCCGGGUGGACGUACGGUCGACGAGGGAAUAA